GAUCAGCGAUCAUCAUCAUCAUCAGCAGCAGCAGCAGCAGCAGCACAAGAGAGAGUCGAACCCUAACCCUCCAGACUGUGACGAGACAAGUUUACAGCAGAACCACUCUACUCUGACCAUCUGAUCGUUUCAGGAUGACACAGUGUCGCGUGAGGCUGUCGGUCCAGCCGUCCAGGGGACUCGUGGAUGAGAAGUUCUCUGUCCUGGUCCAGAACGCUCCACCGUCUUUCAAGCUGACGGUCCACGCCCUCUACAAGUGUAGAGACGGCCACAGCUGGGAGGCGUUUGGUCUCUACACUGCUGAUGCCUCUGGGAAUGUGAACGUUUCAGAGGAUCUUAGUCUGGGCGGGACUUAUUCUGGGGUUGAACCAAUGGGUCUGCUGUGGAGCCUCAGACCAGUUUCAGGCAGCAAACCAGGACUCAGGCUCAGGAACAUUAAUACCCAGACUCCCAUGGAGGUCACAAUCUCAGUGUACCCGGGUCAUCAGACCGUGGGGUUUACGGAUCAGGUGCCGCUGUCCAGUGUGCUGGUGGAACGCUGGUUCACAGCACCUGGUGUGAGCAGGGUCCCCAUCACAGAGGGUGGACUCACUGCAACCCUCUUCCUGCCCCCAGGACCUGGACCGUUCCCGGGUGUCUUCGACCUGUGGGGGGGUGGAGGGGGGUUGGUAGAGUACCGAUCAGCUCUGCUGGCAUCCCAUGGUUUUGCUGCUCUGACUCUAGACUACAUCGCUCCAAAAAUCACCAUGGAAACGAGGAAGUUGGUGGAUAACGAGUACUUUGAGCGCGCCUACACAGUCCUGCUGCAGCAUCCUCAGGUCAUAGGCAGCAGGAUUGCAAUGCUGGGACUGUCGCUUGGUAGCACUGUCACCCUCAAAAUGGCCAUCUACUCUGAAGUGAUCAAGCCCAGGUGUGUGGUGUGUAUCAGUGGGUCACAUGUGCAGCCAGUUGAUGGAUCUUUGAAGGAAAUACUGGCUUUCUUUGCACAAAAUAGCGAAAAGAAACGCCUCAACGAGGAGAACCAGUCGAUCCUGCGAGAUCUGCUGCUGCCAAUCCCGACUGACCCGUCGUUUAAAGCGGAUGUGGGACGACUGCAGUGUCCUCUGUUGCUGGUUGUAGGUGAGGACGAUCACAACUGGCCUGCCUACGAGUCUGCAAUGGAUAUGAAGGAGAUGAUGGAGCAAGCGGGAAACAGCCACCAGCUGACUGUCCUGUCUUACCCUAGCACUGGUCACCUGAUUGACGCUCCGUACAUGCCACACGUCCGAUUCAGCAACUUUGUGUCACCUGGCACUCGUGAGAAAUCUGUGGUUCUUUGGGGUGGAGAGACUGGAGCACAUUCUCAUGCUCAGGAAGAUGCCUGGAAGAAGAUGCUGCUCUUUCUCAGGGAGAAUCUGUUUGCAGACCAAAACCCUGAUGAUAAGAAAUCAGUCUGUUAGAUAACUGACAAAUAGAAAAGUAAUCAUACCCACAACCAGACAACCUGGUGUUAAUAAUGAACAGCUGUGAUUUUCACCUCUAAUUUCGUACUUAUUCUCACACCUAUUAGUGCCUGCUUAUAGAGCGGAAUCAUUUUGCAACUGACACCAAACCAUGGUGACAUCUGACACUCUGGUUGAACCGUUGUGCUUCUCUUCCAUGUCUUCUCAGGAAGAAGUCUCACUCCCAGACAUUAUACCAGAGGCGUAACUGUAGGCGGUGCAGCAGCUGCAGGUGCACUGGGGCCAGUGCAGAGUGAGUCCUCUCAGUUGCAUGUUGGAGGUGUAUGAACAGUGAAAACUCUACAGCACCACUGAUUCACAGUCCAAUCCAACUUUAGUUGUUAAGCACUUUAAAACAACCACAGUGAACCAAAGUGCUGUACGGAAGAAGGCAUGGCAGCUCACAAAGGGGAUAAGAUUAAUCUAAAACAACUCAAAUAAAUUAAAAGACAUAAAAACCCACAAUAAAAACAGA